UCCGGCGUCUUGUGUAAGUUGGUCGUAUAUCGAUAACUUUCAACAAAUUCUUCUCAGCAAGUCAUUUAAAAAUAAAGAAUGGCAGAUGCCGCUAAAACAACACCAAACUCCCCCGAUGGUCCUCGUCUUGAGGUGUUGGACAGAGUAAAAAACAUUCCGGUAGUCCAUUCAGCGAUCGAAAAAACAGGAUGUACUUAUUCUUACGUUAAAGAUUCUCAUCAUUUGAUAAAUUGGGCGUUGAAUCAAGCCGAAGCAGGGCUACAUUAUGCGACCGCCACGGCCGCGCCGAUUGCUGCACCCUUGGCCAAGAAAUUCGAAGGACAGAUCAAUGCUGUCGACCAGAAACUAUGCGAGGGAUUGAACAUAGUCGAACAAAAAGUUCCGAUCGUAAAGAAACCACCUCAGCAGAUAUAUGAUGCCGCCAAAGCGGUUAUGAGCAGCUCUCUACAGCCGACCAUCGAAAAACUUAAUACAGCAAAAGAAUCAGCUACGCAGCAAGCAUCUACGUUAAAAGAGAUCAGUAUAACUAAAGCGAAUGAACUUCUAAAUACACAAUAUGGUAACAUGGCUGUACAAGGCGUUGACAAUACCAGUAUACUUGUCAAUCGUUUAUUGGAUCAUUAUUUCCCACCGGUGGAAGGAGAAGAGAGUACACCACAUCCCAUCUCCGCGGAUGAGAACAAAGUUCUUCAUACGGUGCAAACGAUUGGGCAACUGUCAACGAAAACUGCUAAUCGCGUUUAUCAUUCGGUUGCCGCUCAAUUGAAGACAAUAAAGAAAGAGGACGUAGCGACGUACAUAUCCAGCGUAGUGUCCAUUCUUCAUCUCACACAAUACUUACAUCCUGAACAGAGACAAACAGACGAUAAUGAGACAAAUAGUUCGACAGAGAAUAAAGAUGAGGAGAAAAAAUAAA